AAUAAAGAAAAAGGUAACUUGUAACGAUGUCCCUUCCAUAUUUCAAGUACAAAUUCUUUGACCGAACCUCUUGAUAGGAAAAGAAUCCAUCGAUCAAUGUCACUGACCCCUUGAAGUUCUCAGUGAGAAAGCUAGAACUUGUGAAUAGGGCCCGCAAAUAAUGGUAUCGCUUAACUAAAGCAUUUAUGAACACUUGACACAAGAUAUCAAAAUACUUUCUCGCCCUCCUAAAUUACAUCUAGAAGUUCUAAUUACCUAAAAUCAUUGCAAAAAUAAGGUGCAACAUUGAAAAAACCAACCACUGAUGAACUUAAAAGAUUAGUGAUUUAAAGUUAUGGAAAAAUAUAGAGGAAAUAGAGGAACAUGUACUGAAGGCUAAACAUACCACACUAAUAGAAAUCAUGCUAAGCUAGGGCCCACAGGAGUUGGUAUCAUUGAAAAUUAUAACACAUUGCCAUGGUUCGAGAAGUGGAGAAUUGAGUUUAUAUUUGGCUUAGCUGUAAUGGCUAGAGAGCAUAUUGAAGAAUCAAAAAUGAUUUUAUGUUAUCCACGGUCGUUAGUGGUAUGGAUUGCGCAUACAAUUCAUAUUCUUGAUAUGUACCCGAGUUCCAUACUUCAAUCUGCUGCGGAUGUCAAUUAAAACAUGCUCUACAUAGUUAUCUGGUUUGGGACCUCGAUGACUCAACUCUGCAUUUGUUAUUUUGAUCUGCCUCAAAGGCACUUAAGAUCUUUAUACGUUUUAUCAUUACCAAGAGUCAUCAUAACAUGGCAACAUAGUCGUAUCCUGAUUUGCCUUAAAGACAUUUUGAACGAGUAAAGUUUUCUGAGAGUCAUUCUGUCUUAUUUUCUAAAUUUAUAUGCUUCUGGGCUUUGAAUGUUAUGGUUUGUUAUUGCUUUUGCAGAUGAAAUGUAACUACAGAAUUGUACCAACUUCAGAGUUAUCUGACAAUAAAAGACACCCCUCCUUGUUACUUGUGGAGGGAACGCAAUAGAGGGUUUCUCCUAAAGCUGAUGGGAAUGAUAUUAAUAAUCUUACCAAGUCACAGAUUGAUCUAGAGUUAGCCAAGAUGAGGAGUGUUACUCCACAAGAGGCUGCUACAGCUGCUGCUCAAGCUGUUGCUGAGGCAGAAGUUGAAAAGGCGGCAAGGGUGGCAGAGGCAGUAGAAAUGACACAAGCUUUUGCAGACUCGGCAAUGAAGGCACCAAAAAAGAGGGCCACUCCAAGGAUGAUAACGACAAUUUA